CGAUUACCUCUCUAUUAUUCCUUUCUCGAUCGAUCUUGCGACCUUCGACGACGUUUCUUUUAAUUUAUCUAAAUGGAAGCAACGUUUACGGGAUAAUUUAUAUGCACGCGUUUACGCAAUCUCUCUAUAGGGAAUUUCCACGUUCAUUGACGCUUGCGCGAUAAUGAUUUGCCAGCAAAAAGAAAUCUACCUUUAUGAAAAGAAACGUGGCCGAGAUUGUGACGUCCAAAGAUCAUCUCUUUAUUUCUCGAUAAAGAAUAUAUAUAUAUAUACCCUCCUCCGUUUUCUUUUUUCCCUUUUUUUCCCUAUUUUCUUCUUCAAGUUUUGAUUUUACGCGCGAUUAUUCAUUAAGUAUACUUAGUUUCCUUUGUUGUUUUUUUUUUUCUUUUUUUUUUUUUCUUUUUUUCUUUUUUACUCCGAAUAGAAUAAUAAAUAAAAUGAUUCCAUUCGGGUAAAUAUAUUUUUUCGUUGUAAGGUAGUAUUGAGGAACAAUUAUGACACGACAACUCAAGACUCGAUAAAAUAUUAUAAUUAUAUACUUUUUAACAAACAAGAAAACAGUUUCACGUAUUAUUUUCUUGUCUGUGACGCGUCUUGUUACUUCAUCGCAAGAAUAAACAUUGAAAAGUAAUGCGUAUAAACGAUCGAUUAAUGAGCAAUAAUUACGAUUAAUGCAUAUCGCGUCCACCACUCUUUGAUCUUCAUUUUUCCCAUUGAACCAUGUCUCGCGGAAAAUCACCGUAAGAAGAUAGGUGAAAAUAAGCAUACGGCUUAGAUAGAUCAGAUAUUUUUUCGUGCGAACUAAUAAUAGCCCUGUGGGGAAACGUUUAGUCGAUUUAAUUAUUUCUCCUUUGAUCUUUAUAUCUUCAGGACACCUUCGACGAUAACUUUAAAUUUAUCUACUUAACGUAUAAUAGAUCGAGAAAGUGAGCUGCGCGAAAUUCCUCUAAGUUACGAUCCCUAAGUUCCUGUAAGUUACGAUCGUUAGGUGAAGAUAUCAAUGGAGUUCGAGCAACUUGAAUUUUGUCUUUUUUUUACUUCACUUUAUCUCGAGUCCUCACAGCUACUUCAAUAAUACCUUUAUAAUCGUUACAUAGGAUGGAAAAGAAUUAUGUAAUCAAUCAGAAUACGUCGAUAGCCACGUGGAUAUCGUGAAGAAGGAUUUAUCGUCACGUUGCGUGACGACGACAAUCGACCCGAAGAAAACAGGAAAACAAUAAAAGAGAGCCCAUCAAUUUUUUUUCAUCUCGAUGUAGCCAUUCUUUCUAUCGGCGUUUUAUGCCGUUUCAUUCAAGCUUUGAGAUACCCCGGCAAUGUGUCGCGCAAGACGAAUUUCAUUUAAAACACAACAAUCCCAAUAGGGACGAGAGAAAGAGAGAAGACCGGAUUUUCUCCGUGUCCGUAUUCCGCGAAUAAAUCUUCGAGAUCAAACGAACCUUUACUCCGCACCGGUCGCGCGCGUCAAAAGGAAAAAUAAAAGUGGUUUCAUGCGCGCGCGUAUAAGAGUCGUUAAAAAAGAAAAAGGAAAAAACAAGUCGACGAUGACCGAUAUCCGUAUGCGGAAAAUUAUGGCAAAUCUAAGAAUGUAUCGAAGGGAAUGCACAACUUUAUUGUUAACUUUAUAUACGGAAACAGAACAAUGUGUGGUAUCCAUAUGUACUUGAUAGUAGCCCGAAUAUAAAGCAUAGGAGAGUAUUUUAAGUACGUAAAGAAUUACGUACGUAAAAAAAAAUGGAGAUGGUGGAAAUACGAUUUAUGAGUUUGAUUCGUAAAUCGAUCGAAAGGACAAACUAGUGAUUUCCGUCGAUAGCAAAAGCAAUCUCCGAAGGAAUACAGAGAGCUUUGCGUUCGUACGAGCUGAGCGAGGAAAAAGUGGAUGAUGAUCCGUGGUGAAACGCCAUUGUAAAAUAUUUUCUCUUUGAGCGUCCGUGCACUCUUUGCGUAUCAACGAUAUAAAAUAUAGGCAAACGUUUGUCUCUCGAUUGACCUUUACAGGUGACUCACCUGAACUCUUACGAUCUAUGCACAAGUCGUUCUUACGUGAUUCGCGAGACAAGCGUAUCUUGAACUUUUACCAGGAGGCAUUACUAUAUUGGUAUAACAUUAAAAUAAAUAUAGUGCAGUAUAGGGAUCCAUUUCUUUCCCUCCCCCCCCCUCUCUCUCUCUUCAGGCUUCAUCUACGAAAGAUUUUCGUUGGCUAGAGCGUGGAGGGGGAGAGCGAGAGCGAGAGAGAGAGAGAGAGAGAGAGAGAGAGAGAGAGAGAGAGAGAGAGAGAGAGCGAGAGAGAGAGAGAGAUAUGAUCGAUCUCGAGGAAACGUUGUGAGCCAAACGUAGUAACCUUGACUCUUAUCGAUCAAGAAGAACUCUCUCGUUCGUCGAGCCCGCUCCUGAACUCGAUAAGUCCCCACCUUUCCGACAACGAGCCUGAUCGUAGUCGGACCCCACUAGGUCAGUUAAUACUUAAGACGCGAGUUCAGCAUCGUGCAGACUAUUCGCGCAGGAUCGUCCGUUGGACCACGAAAUGAGUCGAUCCGAAAAGAAUUACCGAGAGUGUGCGAGCGAGCGAUAACAAAAUUCUUCCAAUUAUAUCGAUCCGUUCUUAUCUUUUGACACUUGCUGGAAGAAAGGAACAAGUGAAAAUAUUCGACUCAAUAAAAGCGCCAUCCUUCCAUACGUCGUCGUAUAUUAUUCGUCGUCGAGCCUAAUCGUCGUUCGAGCCUCUGGAUCGUGGAUCUUUGAAAUUCGGGGGAAGGGGGGGGGGCAGGCAGAGGCAAAAGACUUGGCAAUUUUGAGCGUAUCGAUGAACAAACAUAGGCUCUUUUCGGACAAAACCUAGUGUUCGAAUAGGAGCAGGAGAAGCAAGAUUUUCAAGUGUUUCCCACGCGACUUGGAAUAAAGUGCAGUGCCUCGAGCGGACCAAAUUCUUUUCCUUCGAAAGAGCCGAUCUCUCAUUGGGAAACGCAUAGAAGUCUCAAGUUGACAGGACGUACUCGUUGUCGAGGACGAUGGAUCGUUUACAAGACGGCACGAUGAAGGAGAAGAAAAGAGAUGUGAAAUUCCGGGAGGAUGGUGGAAAAGGCAAGCUCGGCGGGAGGUUUAACGGAUUCAACGAGAUGGCAUCGGCAGCGGCAGAGUUAGUGGUCGAGAGGGAACCGGAACCGAUGCGAGAGAUGGUUGAUGGGAACCGGACAACGUUCGUAGGUGCUCAAGGCUUGGUCAAAUUGGCCCUCGAACAGUACACGGAAAUCCUGGCGAGCGCCUCAGAUCCGCGGGUUGGCAAUUGGCCUCUUAUGGAAUCCCCGAUACCAACGGUCGUCAUAGUUCUACUCUAUCUCUAUUCCGUGACGAUAGCCGGUCCACGUAUGAUGUCCAACAAAAAGCCUUAUAAUCUCAGAAACGUUCUCAUCGCCUACAACGCCUUCCAGGUCAUCUUCUCUCUGGGAAUGCUUUACGAGCACCUGAUGUCCGGAUGGCUGUUGGACUACAGUUACAAGUGCCAGCCAGUCGAUUAUUCUCACAAUCCGUCCGCUUUAAGAAUGGCGAACCUUUGUUGGUGGUACUUUAUCAGCAAGUUUACCGAAUUCGCCGACACGGUUUUCUUCGUCUUACGAAAGAAGAAGAGUCAAGUGACGUUUCUACAUUUGUAUCAUCAUUCUUUGACGCCUUUGGAGACAUGGAUUUGCGUUAAAUUUAUUCCCGGUGGACACGGUACCCUAGGAAAUCUCAUAAACAACGCGGUCCACGUGGUCAUGUACGCUUAUUACAUGUUGGCUGCCAUGGGACCCGAAUACAAAAAAUAUUUGUGGUGGAAGAAACAUCUCACCACUAUUCAAUUGAUCCAAUUCUUUUUAGUAUUCGUGCAUAGCGCGCAGGCCUUGAUCUUCGACUGCGGAUACCCGAAGCUGGUUGCAAUCCUCUUACUGCUUCACUCGGCGAUCUUCUUUGUUCUUUUCUCCGAUUUUUAUCGGCGGGCCUAUCGCAGAACGAAGUCGAUCGAUAAGACGAAGGUGGAUUGAGAUUGGGAGAAGGAUGGACCGUACAAAAAGAGAAAGGAGAGGAGGAAGAAGAAAGGAAGCGAAAGGGGAAAACGGCUGUUUCUCCUUCCUUCUCCUUCUUGCUUUUAAAAAUUGCGCGUUUCAACUGGACCCCGCGAACGUGAAGGAAGGAAGGAAGGAAGGAAGGAAGGAAGGAAGGAACGAACGAACGAAGGAAAAAACGCAGGACGUUUUCACGAACAACAUGAAUGAAUUUUGUUAAAGGGAGGCGAGAGAGCGAAUAGGAUUUUCUCGCCUUCCUCUUCUCGUUCGAUUAAUUGGAAUUGAAAGAAAAGGAUACGGCCUUUUACGUGAGAAAGCUUCGGAGGAUUCGACGAAGAAGACGGGGUAAAACGCUUGGAUAGGAGGAAUCAAGGACAAUCCGCGAAUUCUCUUUCGUUCAUCGAAUCGAUCUCGAUGUCCUUUCAAGAUUGAAAAAAUGUGAAAGCGGGCGGCAGAGAAAAUCGAUCGAGUAUAAUAUUUCUAAACUCCUGCCGGUCUGUUAAAGCGCUUUUAAAAAAUAUUUUUCUUCGCUUUUUAUCUUUUGCCUGUCUUCUUUUUCUUUUUUUCGCUCGAAACUCCGGUCAUAUCACCAUAAAAGCCAAAUUUUCAACGAUCGAUCGUUAAAGUCGUCGUUUCCCUUCUCCUCGAUUAUUAUUUCUCUCUCUCUCUCUCUCUCUCUCUCUCUCUCUCUCUCUCAAGGUGCCACUUCCGAUUCUUCGCGAGCUCGACUCGACACACGUAAGUGCGAUAGAUGGCAUUUUUCCUUUUUUUAUUUAUUUGUUUUCUUUCUUUCUUUCUUUUCUAUGUACCUAUACCUAUAAGCGCGACACGAAGGAUUUUUACGUAUUUCGCAAAAUGAAAAGGGUUGCGCCUACAAAGGUCCUUGUUUUUUGUUUGGCUCAUAGAUGAUAAAAGAAAAAAUAAAAAUUUGUCAUAUCGUUUUUGGCCGAUGUCGAUCUGUUCUUCAAUUUCUAAAUCCCUUUUUCUUGACAGCCCUGUAUGCAUAUAUGCGAAUUUGAACGCGGCUAGUUUUUCUAAAACGUCGUUCAGUACAUAUGUAUUUGUAUACGUGUAUCAUAUACACAGAAAAAAAUCGACAAAGCAAGAUGUAUGGCUUCGAGAGGACUCUCGAGAAGACUUUGCAUGCGACGAAUUCUCGAGCGAUGCAAUUUUUUCUUUUCCCUUUUUCUCCUUAGAUCAUCACUGCUUCCGAGGGCACUUUCGCGAAAGACAAAUCCCGAUGAUGCUAUCGACGAGAAAAAAUCUUUCCUCCUUCGCGUUGCCAUUUGACCAUUGCCAAAAAAAAAAAAAGAGAAACAAAAAAGAACAACAAAUAAAAUUUCGAAGUGAAUCAAUAAUAAGCGGAUAGAGCGAACGAACGAACGAACGAACGAACGAAUAAAUCCGCGUAGAUAUCACUUUUUCUGGCACCUUCCUCGAGGAUCGACGACGCUCGAGCAACGGCGAAUGCCUGGAUUAAAUUUUCUUUGAAAUCGAAUAACGAUAGGACGUCGCGAUGAGAUGGUCGCGCGACGGCGCAACCCAGGACGCAACGUGGGUCGAUAAAUUCUCUCUUCCGAGUGUACGCGCGCGCGAAAGAGAGAGAGAGAGAGAGAGAGAGAGAGAGAGAGAGAGAGAGAGAGAGAGAGAUUAAGCCAAA